AUGCCUAAGGCAAAAGCUAGAAUUAGAGCUAAAGGUAAAGAUAUAUCUAGAACUGAAAAUCGAAAUAGAAAUACAACUAAAGCCAGAGCAAAAGCUAGAGCUAUAGCUAGAGCUAGAGCUAGAGCUAGAGCUAGAGCUAGAGCUAGAGCUGGAGCUGGAGCUAGAGCAGAUCAAGAGCAGGAGCAAGAGCAGGAGGAAGAGCAAGAGCUAGAGCUAGAGCUAGAACUAGAGCCAGAGCUAGAGCUAGAGCUAGAGCUAGAGCUAGAGCUAGAGCUAGAGCUAGAGCUAGAGCUAGAGCUAGAGCUAGAGCUGGAGCUAGAGCUAGAGCUAGAGCUAGAGCUGGAGCUGGAGCUGGAGCAGAUCAAGAGCAGGAGCAAGAGCAAGAGCUAG